CUCCGCCCAGCCCCAUUUUGUCCGCCCGCGCGAUGGACCCCGCGUCGCUGCUGUCGCUGACGCUCAGCUGCCCCGCAGUAGGGGCCACCUGCCGCUGGCUGCUGCGCUUGCCCUCCCUCCAGGCGGAGGAGGCGCUGAGGCAGUGCCUGGCCUCCUUUCGGGAGGGUCUCGAGGCGGCCGGGCUGGUGACCCUGGAGAAGGGGGAGCUGACCUCGGGCCAAGAGCUGCUGGCGGAGGGCCUCCUCUUCCAUCGGCUGGCGGAGUGGCAGGCGCGGCUGGCGCGGUGCGAGGCCGUGGAGCAGGAGCAAGGCUACUGGGAGCAGAAGAUGAACGCCAUGCGCGUGGAGUACAUUCGAGAGAUCGAGCUGUACCGCUUGAAGCUCCGGUGCCUGGAGCGAAACUUGAAGCCCCCGGACCUCCGCUCCAGUGCCAUCAAGGGCCGCGCAGAAGUAGAAGUGCAGACGGAGAUGAAGUCGCCCUUCGGGGAGACGCUGCAGCUCUGGGACAAGGCCAUGAGCCUCCAGCAGCGCCUGGACGCCGUGCACCAGCGCAACAUGGCCUUCGUGGUGGUGGAGGACUGCAUCUUCGCGCUGCACCGCGCCAUCCUGGACGACGACAAGCGCCUUCGCUCCCUCGAGAAGGCGCUGCUGGAGGCCUGUGAGCUGCUGGCCGCCAGGACUUUAGACCUGGACCUGGGCCAGCGCCUCGCCGAGGCGGCGCUGGACGGUCGCGACGUGCUGCGGCUGACGCGCGCGGAGCUGCUGCCGGAGGAGCCACAGCUGGCGGCGCAGGAGCUGGAGGAGGCCUUGUCCGUCUCGGCCAUGCAAGUGCUGGAAGCGGCGUUGCGCGGCUCCGAAUCGCGCUCCGAGCCGCUGGUCUUGAGGCUGCGGCGCCUUGCGCGGCAGCUGCAGGGCAUCGAAGACAGCGGGGAGAAAGCGCAGAGGAGGAGCAAAGAUCCAGUCGCCACGGGCCUCGUGAGCGCCGCGCUGGGCGGCGGCCUGGAGCCGGCGAGAAGGACGUCGGAGGACUGGCGGCUCCAGACGAUCUGGAAGGCUCUCGGCUCAGCCAAGGAGUUGCAGAACACCCUGGAGCUGGUGAAGACGGCAGCUUCUCAGUGGAAGAGCCUCUCCAAGGCCAAGGAGGAGCAAAUACAGGAAGCGGAUCCCGAACCCGAGGAGGCAGAAGAGGAGGAGGAGAAAGAGGAUGACCUGGAAAUUCCGGAGGCUCAGAUGCCGGUCGAGGUGCAGGCGCCGGUGCCGGCGCCGAGUCCGCCGAUAGAACCCGAGGCAAUGGAGGCAUUUUCAGAGGCGGAGCCGGCAAAUCCGCCGGCUCCGGCGCCGGCGCCGCCUGUCCUGGAACAGGAGGCAUCGGAGCACAUCAUCAUGCCCCAGGAGGACCGGGACUCUGCCACGAGCGAUGCCGACACGCAGGUCUUCGGCCAAUGGGCUCAGCUGGCGCAGGCUGCCGCGAACAGAGUCCACAGCGAGAGUGGGCUCAGCGAGAUGGAGUUGGCCAGGCCCAUCAUGGCUGAGGCUGGCACUAUGACGCCCUCCCAUUGGCUGGCCAAAGCUCUCCUGAACUCCGAGGAUGUGGAGUGGACCUCCGUGCCUCUGGGCUCCGCCAAAGACUUCCAGUGGAGCUUGAUGCCCUUGGCGCGCGAGAGCCCUGAGAGCUCGGAUGAGGAGGGCCCGGCGCGGCACGAGCUGCGCAGCGAGCCCGCGCGCGCGGCGCGGGCGAGGUCGGCGUCAGCGGCGUACCAGCGGAUGAACUCCAUCCUGGAGUGCACUUGGCCGCGCUCCGUGCUGGCAACCCGGGUCCCAGGGGGCCCUUGGCCCUCCAUUUCCCCGGCGGCGUGGAGCCGGAUCGGCGGCGGCCUGGAGUUGGCGCGGCUCACCUCGGAGCCCGGGCUCGCGCGGCGCCGGAUCCUCUCGGAGAAUUCCAUCGCGGCGGCCGAGGCGCCCGCGCCCUCUGCCUCGCCUUCGGCGCCGAGCUUCGCGCCCGCGGAAGAUAUCAGCGCCGCGCUGACUCUGACGCCUCUGACGCCGUUGCCACCAAAGGCUGAGGCGUGUGCGCCGCCGGCUUCGCCGCGCCGCGAGCGGCGGCGGCUCCGCGAGCGGCGGCGCACCGAGCCGGGAGGCAGAUCUGCAGGCGUCCAGCGUCCUUCGCUGGUCUCUGUGGAGGACCCUGCGCCGGUGCAGGAGUUCUUCGUAACGGCCGGCGGGUCAUCGGAUUCCUUUCACAACGUCACGACGGAGUUCGAGCGCCAGGAUAGCGAGGUGGUGGAGCGUUGGCUCAACAAGCUGCGGGAGCCGCUUCCCAUGGUGGCCAAGCUGGAGCUGGAUGAGGUCAACCAGGAACCUCGGCGCGCCGGCACCUUAGCGAGCCUCACGAGCUGGCAGGGCGAGCCUUCUCCGCGUUCCCCCAGACACCUACAGAGCUGCGAGUCGGUCUUGAUCCCGGUGGAGGACUGCCCCGCCUCACGGCCCUCCACCGCGGAACGACGCGGACCUCGGGAAGCGAACGUGGGCCACGCGGGCCACGUGUUCCGGCCGUGGACAGGCGGGGACGUGCUGCGUCCCAAGCCCCGCGCAAAGGAGCUGCGGCCGCAGAGCGCGCCGGAGGUUCCGAGUCACCCUCGGAGCGCCCCGACCGCCCGCGAAGCACACCCGGCGGGGGCGGAGGCGGAGGCGGAGGUGAACUUCUUGCCGCGCGCCCCGGCCAUGUGCCCGAAGACCCAGCUCCGGCGCAUCGGGCGCCCGGCCAGCGCGAGCACCGCCGCCAGCAGCAGGCCGUCCACGCCGGGCAGGGUGCACGUGGCUUAUGUCAUUCAUCGCCCGAAGGCAUGAGAUGCCACGGGUCCGGGCCCGUGGCUUCGAUGUCCGAAAAUCACAAGGGGUUGGGGCGUUCAGUGAAAGGGCCUGCGUGCCAGUCACGCUGCGCGUGGGGUCCUGAUUCUUUGGGUGGGCUUCUUU